AUCUGCGGGCGCCCCCCUGGCCGUGCACUGCGGAGAAUCCUCGCACGGCAAUAGCAGCCAGAUAAUAACAAUAUUAUUAGAGCCUGGAACCGAUAUAUUAUAGACACAUAAAAAUCCCCCACCAUGUCGGUUGCCUUUGCUUCUGCUCGCCCAAGAGGCAAAGGGGAGGUCACCCAGCAAACUAUCCAGAAGAUGCUAGAUGAAAAUCACCACCUAAUACAAUGUAUUAUGGAUUAUCAGAGCAAGGGGAAAACUGCAGAAUGUACUCAAUACCAACAAAUCUUGCACAGAAACCUGGUUUAUUUGGCAACAAUAGCAGACUCUAACCAGAAUAUGCAGUCCUUGCUUCCUGCUCCACCAACGCAGAACAUCAACUUGGGCCCGGGAGGGAUGAGUCAGAGCGCGUCCAACCAAUCCCUCCACUCGCAGAGCAACCUCAGCGACGCCAUCGGCAGCGGCCUCCCGCCCUCCUCCCUCAUGCAGAGCCAGAUCAGCAAUGGUCCUAACCACGUGUCUAUGCAGCAGUCAGGCCAGAACACCAUGCCCACGACCUCUCUGAGCAUGACAGUGAGCAGCCACGGGACUGGCCCUGGCUACAGCCACACAGUGCCUGCGUCUCAGAACGUGCCCAUGCAGGGCCAGGGCUCCAUCGGCAAUUACGUCUCCCGGACAAACAUCAACAUGCAGUCCAACCCAGUCUCCAUGAUGCACCAGCAAGCAGCAACGUCACAUUACAACUCAGCACAAGGAGGGAGCCAGCACUACCAGGGACAAUCCUCCAUUGCCAUGAUGAGCCAGAGCAACCAAGGCAACAGCAUGAUGGGGCAGCGACCCAUGGGCCCUUACAGAGCUUCACAGCAAGGUUCCUCACAGCAGUACAUGGGUCAGGAGGAAUACUACAGUGAGCAGUACAGUCAUGGCCAAGGCUCAUCAGAACCUAUGAAUCAGCAAUACUAUCCAGAUGGGCAUGGUGAUUAUGCCUAUCAGCAGUCAUCCUACACUGAACAGAGCUACGACCGGUCGUUUGAUGACUCUACACAGCACUACUAUGAAGGAGGAAAUUCUCAGUACAGCCAGCAGCAGGCAGGAUACCAACAGGGAGCUGCACAACAGCAAACAUAUUCCCAGCAGCAAUACCCAAAUCAACAGAGUUACCCAGGACAGCAGCAAGGAUAUGGUCCUGCACAAGGAGCCUCUUCACAGUAUUCCAGCUACCAACAGGGACAGGGGCAGCAAUAUGGAAGUUACAGAGCUUCCCAAACAGGCCCAUCCGCUCAGCAACAGAGGCCUUAUGGCUAUGAGCAGGGACAAUAUGGAAAUUACCAGCAAUAAAAGAACACAGUACUGUGUCAGAUUCCUUUCAAUAGUAUCUCAAUCUUUUGAACUGGAUGUACAGGCAGUUUUGAUUAAUUGUAAUAUGUUGGUUACCCCUUAGCACAAAGCAGCGUCUGUAUGUGAACAGUGUUCAUUUCAUGCUGGAUAUGAAGCAGUGCACUACUGGUAACAAGACAAUGCUUUAAUGGUUUGAUAUUUGGUGCUGUGUAUAGUACUGUAUGUUGAUACAACACAGAAGUUUUCCAUUUUACCCUCUCUUGUCCCAUUCUUGAUGUUUCUGAAUAGCUUUAGGAUCAUUAGAUCACAGUUGUGCCCCAUUCUGGAAAACAGCCAGGUUGUUCUGCACUCUGGCCCAAUGCAAAGCCUAUCAGUCACAUCUCAGUCCAGGGAAGUUCCCUGUGGUAAGUUGUUGAUCUUUUUUUAACUGGAUGCAUUGAAGAUUACCUGCCAGCCUCCAAAAUCCAUGGCUCUUCAGUUUACUUCUACAGAACAAGGGGAUGGAUACAUUCCUUAUAAAAUGUCAGUUCUAUGCUGUAUGACAAAAAAUAACUGCAACUUCUAUAAUA